GGAGGGGGUGGUCCUGUGGUCCGCACCCAGGGGAGCUCAGUGGACUGUGCGCCUUGCCUUUCCGCUGCGCAAAGCCCAGUCCAGGUCAUCACCUCGGGCGUGGCGGACUCGGCUGGGCGGACUCAGCGGGGCGGGCGCCCGCGCGGGGCGGGUCCUUUGCGUCCGGCCCUCUUUCCCCUGACCAUAAAAGCAGCCGCUGGCUGCUGGGCCCUACCAGGCCUACCACGUGCGCCUUAUAGCCUCUCAACUUCUUGCUUGGGAUCUCCAACCUCACCGCGGCUCGAAAUGGACCCCAACUGCUCCUGCGCCACUGGUGGCUCCUGCACCUGCGCUGGCUCCUGCAAGUGCAAAGAGGGCAAAUGCACCUCCUGCAAGAAGAGCUGCUGCUCCUGCUGCCCCAUGAGCUGUGCCAAGUGUGCCCAGGGCUGCAUCUGCAAAGGGGCAUCAGAGAAGUGCAGCUGCUGUGCCUGAUGUCCGGACAGCCCUGCUCAAAGAUAUAGAAAGAGCGACCUGCACAAACUUGGAAUUUUUUUCCAUACAACCCUGACCCAUUUACUGUAUUUUUUAAAUGAAAUAUGUGAAUGAUAAUAAAAGUUG